CGCCUCCGGCUAUCGCAGGAUCAAGGUAUGGCUCCAAAACAGUCCAGUAGUGGGCUAUUUGUUGGACUGAACAAAGGUCAUGUGGUGACCACGAAAGAGCUAGCAGCACGGCCCUCAGAUCGGAAAGGCAAAACAGCCAAAAGAGUCCAUUUUGUCAGGAACCUGAUCAGAGAAGUUGCUGGAUUUGCACCAUAUGAGAAGAGGAUAACUGAGCUUCUUAAAGUUGGAAAGGACAAGCGUGCAUUGAAGGUGGCCAAGAGAAAGUUGGGCACUCACAAGAGGGCAAAGAGGAAGAGGGAAGAGAUGUCUAGUGUUCUCCGCAAGAUGAGGGCUACUGGAGGUGGUGACAAGAAGAAAUGAAAUUGAUUUUUGGAAACCAAUACUCCCUCCGUCCCAUUUAAACGUUCCCACGCUGUUAAAAGCGUGAUCAUGCUUUUGAUCACGCUUUUAACUACAUAUUUUGACUUAUUUUGGAAGUGCGGUUAGUUCAGUCAUGAGCAGAUUUACAUUUUCUUUGUAUUUUAUACCUUAAGGAGACUGUACUGAAAUAUGUUGGUCUUCAUAUUUUAAUCUGCAAAUUAGAGCUUCUGUUAUUGAACCCAGUUUAUGGGAUGGAACAAUGUUAUUAAUGGUGGAUGGCAGAUUAUAGGGGAUAGCAAAACCCAUCAUAUGGUGCUACCAUAGCUUUCCAUAACCUUCC